GAUUGAAGUGCACACGGGACGCGUCACCUCAUUCAAUUGGUAUCUGAGCACGAAACAUUUCAAGGAACGCCCGUAGGAUGUCUUUAGUAUCAUCAGGCGGUACAGCUACAUAUCUAAGCGAGGCUGACUCGCUGAUUAAGACAGACGCCCGAAAGGCGGAGUCUCUGUACCAAAAGGUGCUCCAGACCCCCAAAGGAUCGGAUGACGCGUUAAAAGACCAGGAAUCUGCACUUAUAAAGCUUGGGCAGCUGUACAGAGAUGAAAAGAAUGCGUCUGCGCUUGCCGAACUAGUCAAGACAUCGCGAGGAUUCAUGUCUGCCGCUGCCAAAGCUAAGACUGCUAAAUUGAUCCGAACUCUCAUCAAUUAUUUUAGUGAAAUUCCGGGCUCGGAAAAAGUCCAAAUAGAAGUUACCCAAGAUAACAUUGAAUGGGCACGCAGUGAAAAACGCAUAUUCCUAAAACAAAGUCUGGAAGCCCGACUAAUCGCGCUGCAUUUGGAUACCGAAAACUAUAGACCCGCCUUGGCACUCAUCGAUUCUUUGUUGAAGGAGCUAAAAAGGUUGGAUGACAAAGAGACUCUCACCGAGGUUCACUUACUCGAGUCACGGGUCUAUCGCGGACUGAACAAUCUUGCGAAAGCCAAAACAUCCCUCACUUCUGCUCGGACAGCAGCCAACGCCAUCUAUUGCCCACCGCCGCUUCAAGCUCAACUUGAUCUUCAAAGUGGUAUUCUACACGCUGAAGAUAAGGAUUAUAAAACGGCCUACUCCUACUUUUUCGAGACUUUCGAAAACUUAUCCGCCCAGGAUGACCCAAAUGCCCUCAACGCCCUUAAGUACAUGCUUCUGUGCAAGAUCAUGCUAAAUUUGCCAGAGGACGUUAACUCCUUGCUCUCGAUAAAACUGGCUAUUCGUUACGCCCAGCUGCGCGAAAUUGAAAGCAUGAGAGCGAUUGCACGCGCCCACCAGAGGCGCAACCUGGCUGACUUUGAGAAGGCCUUAAAGGAUUAUAGAGAAGAAUUGUCUUCAGACCCAACAAUCCGGUCACACCUCGCAGCACUGUACGACACGCUGUUAGAACAAAACUUGCUAAGGAUCGUAGAGCCAUAUAGCAAUGUUGAAAUAGCCUAUGUUGCUGAGAUGGUGGGCCAAGGUGUUCCACAGGUCGAGGCGAAGUUAUCGCAGAUGAUCCUUGAUAAGGUUCUGAAUGGCGUUUUGGACCAAGGGAAUGGGACCCUGGUUGUUUUCGAUGAGCCAGUUGCGGAUGAAGCGUACCCGAUGGCCAUCCAAACAAUUGGCCAAAUCGGCAAGGUUGUUGAAGCUCUGUACGCGAAGACUAUCAAAAUUGCAUGAAACGGCAAUAGACUACAGUUGGGUGGAUUGCAUGUACAUAAACCAGUAAUCGUUGCCACCAUUAAUGAGCUUCCCCAUGACACACAUCUUGUCCACGAACAGGAGAGAGCUCAAGCAUUCGAAAUAAAUAACAAGCGGGCGAAG